AUGCCCGGUCUCGACCUUGAGCAUGAGCCCCUCGCGGCUGACGACGUGAGAAUCCUGGGACAGGAUCCCCUGAUCCCUCCCGCCCUUCUCUCCUCCGAGAUCCCCAUGACCGACGCCGCCCUCCAAACCGUCGUCCGCGGCCGCAACGAGGCCGUCGACAUCAUCAUGGGCAAAGACGACCGUCUCCUCGUCAUCAUCGGCCCCUGCUCCCUCCACGACCCAGCCACAGCAAUCGAGUACUGCGCCCGCCUCAAGGCCCUCGCCGCGAAGCUCUCCUCCGACCUCUGCGUCAUCAUGCGCGCCUACCUCGAGAAGCCGCGCACCACCGUCGGCUGGAAGGGCCUCAUCAACGACCCGGACAUUGACUCCACCUUCAAGAUCAACAAGGGCCUGCGCAUCUCCCGCCAGCUCUUCAGCGAUCUCACGACUGCGGGUAUGCCCAUCGCCAGCGAGAUGCUCGACACAAUCUCCCCCCAGUUCCUCGCCGAUUUCAUCUCGGUUGGUGCCAUCGGCGCCCGCACCACGGAAUCCCAGCUCCACCGCGAGCUCGCCUCCGGCCUGUCCUUCCCCGUCGGCUUCAAGAACGGCACCGACGGUAACCUGGGCGUCGCCAUCGACGCCAUUGGUGCCGCGGCUGCGAAGCACCACUUCAUGGGUGUCACCAAGCAGGGCCUCGCCGCCAUCACCCGCACAAAGGGCAACGAGCACGGCUUCGUCAUCCUCCGCGGCGGCUCCCACGGCCCCAACUUUGACAAGGAGAAUGUCCAAAAGGCAAAGGACACGCUCACUAAGAAGGGCCAGAAGCAGGCCAUCAUGAUUGACUGCUCCCACGGCAACUCAAACAAGGACCACCGCAACCAGCCCAAGGUCGCCGCCGUCAUCGGCGACCAGCUCCGCGAGGGCGAAAAGUCCAUCAUCGGCGUCAUGAUCGAGUCCAACAUCAACGAGGGCAACCAAAAGGUGCCCGCCGAGGGCCCCGCCGCCCUCAAGAAGGGCGUCUCCAUCACCGAUGCCUGCAUCGACUGGGACUCCACCGUCGACGUCCUCGAGGGCCUCGCCUCCGCCGUCCGCGCCCGCCGCGAGCGCAACGCCGGUUCGGCCAACGGCAACGAGGACUCGCACAAGGUUACCCACCUUGAGGAGGAGUAG